AUGGACUCGUUCCAGAAUCAUGGCUUCGACGAGUCGGCGUUUGGGGACACAGGCUUGUCGGGGCUCAGGACGUUUGACGCAUUUCCCAAAACGAAACCUCGCUACACCUCGACCACCACCCGCGGCGGUCAAUGGACCAUCGCCGUCGUAGUACUCUGCCUCUGCCUUACCUUUUCCGAACUGCGAACCUGGUGGUCCGGCACGGAGACGCACCACUUCAGCGUGGAACGCGGCGUGGGCCACGAACUGCAACUGAACCUCGACAUCGUGAUCGCCAUGUCGUGUCGCGAUCUGCACGUCAACGUGCAGGACGCGGCGAUGGACCGCAUCAUGGCCGGCGACCUGCUGACGAAGGAGGACACGAACUUCGAACUCUGGCUCGAUGACAGGAAGCUCUUCCGGCUGCGCAAGAUGCAGGGCGGCGGCGGCAUGUACUCGGGCCUGCACGAGGGGGACGCGAAACGGCAGAAAGCCGAAGAGGAAGACUCGCACGUCGGCCACGUGCUGGGCCACAUGCGGGAGAACACGCGGCGCAAGUUCCAGAAGUCGCCCAAGCUCCCGCGCGGCGUGGCCGUCGACAGUUGUCGCAUUUAUGGGAGCCUCGAGGGGAACAAAGUGCAGGGCGACUUCCACAUCACGGCCCGCGGCCACGGCUACAUGGAGUUCGGCAUGCAGACGCACCUGGACCACAACCUGUUCAACUUCUCGCACCACAUCAACGAGCUCUCCUUCGGCCCCCACUACCCGAACUUGCUCAACCCGCUGGACAAGACCAGCGACACCACGUCCCUACAUUUCAUGCGCUACCAGUAUUACCUCUCGAUCGUGCCCACGAUCUUCACGAAGCGGCGCGUGGCCACCAAGUCCGGCAGUCUCGAUCCCGCGGCCAUCCCGCAGCCGCCCACGCUCGACAUGUCGCCCCAUACGGUCCGCGACAAGGACGGCAUCGUCCGCCAUGUGCCACACCCGGAUCAGGGCCGCGACGCCAAGUCCAUCUUCACGAACCAGUACGCCGCGCAGUCGCAGUCAAGAGAAGUGCCCUCGAAUACCGUGCCCGGGAUCUUCUUCAAGUAUGACAUUGAACCGAUCUUGCUGAUCGUCAGCGAGAGUCGGGCCAGUUUCCUGGGCCUCGUUGUAAGGCUAGUCAACGUCAUGAGCGGUGUGAUUGUCGGUGGCGGUUGGAUGUUCCAGCUCAGCGAGUGGGCCGCCGAAGUAUACGGACGGAGGAAGCUCAGGCGCAGUGCCACGGGGCUGGGGAUGUUGGAUCUUGGCGAGAAGGGUGCCAAUGGUGGCGUGAAUGGGGGGCUUAAACACUGA